GCAAUAUGUAUUAAUAUUAAGUAUAUCUUACUCUUUCCCCCAGUGCAAUAUGUUUAGAAUUAAGUAUAUCUUACUCUUUUCUUUGUUACAAAUUAGUAUUAAGUUUUAUGCAAUGGUACAGUAUGAGAAGCGUGCUGUCUCACUUUAAAGAAAAGAACAGAGAGGUUCAAAUAAAAAGAAUGAGAGCGGCUCAGUUUUUAUGGAGAGCUCACCAGAGAUAGACGUGUUUUACUCGCUAUAAUUUCAGAAGUGGUCAUAGUUAACCCAGUGAAAAAACAGUGAAAUAGCUAUAAUUUAGCAAAGAAAAAAUAUAUAUUAAAAAACAAUAAUGGAUUCAAUAAAUCCUGACGAUUUUUCGAAGUCCCAGUUACAAAUCUGGUGCAAAAACCUAGGUUUACCAGAUACUGGCACUAAAAAUGUGCUAGCCGAACGUUUAAACCAACUUAGCCCUGUAGCGAGAGGGCAACAUUCAAAAGAUGGAGCUGCUCCUAACGGAGGCCUAAGUAAACGCGCGGAUCCCCCUGAAAAAGAUUGCUUGGAGCACCUAAAGAGCAUUUUGUAUUCAUCGGACGAUGGCGCCGGUCAGACGCAAAAUUUCGAGGCAGACUUGUUCCAAGGUCAACAGCAGCAAGAACUAACGGCAAACGAACAGAACGAAGCAGAAAAUGAUCAAAACGAUGCAGAAAGCGAGACGCAGACAGAAAACGAGAGCAUUACGAAUGAACCGCAAGAAAUAUCAAAAGCAACAAAUGAGAAGUCAAAUGAAAAGAGCAACAACGGAGAGCGCAACGCAACAAAUGAGAAGUCAAAUGAAAAGAGUAACAACGGAGAGCGCAAUGGAACAAAUGAGAAGUCGAAUGAAGAGAGCCAAAAAGAAGAAAACAUAGUAAAGUACACUUUGGAAAAAAAGCUGGAACUACUUUGCAAAAAAAUCGAACUGGUUCGUAGAGAGAACGAGUUUUUGCGCCUUGCUGGCAACCCUGAGUCUGGCCACUCAAGCAGCUGGCUGGCGACGAAGACAGGUGACCAGGUCUUGGCCAAAGAUGUGAAAGAUUUUGUACUCGAUUUUGACGGUAAUGGAAAUGUUUAUAGUUGGAUAUCUUCCGUGCUUCAUUUGGAAAGAUCAUUCAACUUGAACGAAAAUAAUUUACGUUUGCUUGUCUUCGGUAAACUAAAGGGCAAAGCUUUGGAUUGGAUACACUCAAACCCUGAGUGUUUGUGUCAACCUGUGAAAACCAUAUUCGAUGCCAUGGGAAAAGUCUUCGGAUCAAAGAAGACCAAUGUAAUAAUUCGAAGAGAGUUUGAGGCACGCAAGUGGUGCGUCGGCGAACCGUUCCUGAAUUACUUUAACGACAAAGUUGGCUUGGCUGGCGGCUUGCGUUUGCCGGAGGACGAGAUGGUCGAGUAUAUUGUUGACGGAAUACCAGACCGUCACUUGCGAGAGAUGGCUUGUAUGCAGCGUUUUGGGUCUAAAGAUGACGUGUUGGCAGCAUUUGUCAACAUAGUGCUGCAGCGGGAAAAACCUGUAUCUCUGCCAAAUGUUUCCGCAAAGAAGAAGCCCACAUUCAGGUGCUUCAACUGUAACUGCCUGGGUCACCUAGCAGCCGACUGUAACAAACCAAUAAGAGCAACUGGUGCUUGCUUUGGAUGUGGUGAAAUGGGUCACCGAGUGGCAGAUUGCAGUCAAAAUAAGAAGAAGCCCGCAGCAAUAUCAGAUGCCUCAUAGACUCGGGAAGCGCAGUUAGCUUAAU